AUGGCCGCCCUCUUCACCGGGAAGGUCCUGAUGGCCAACCGGGAACGGGACGAGGUGGAGACGGAACGGGAGCUGGGCCGGACGCUGGAGAACAAGGUGCUGCUGCUCUACUUCGGAUCCGGUCAGUGCCCGCGGUGCCGGCAGUUCUCCCCGCUCCUCAAGGAUUUCUUCCUACGGUUGACUGAUGAGUUUUACGUGGAACGAGCUUCGCAGCUGGUCCUGGUGUACGUGUCCCGGGACGAGACGGAGGAGCAGCAGAGCGCUUUCCUGAGGUCCAUGCCGAAACGCUGGCUGGCCAUACCUUUCGGGGACGCCUUCAAAAGGGAGCUGGAGCUGCAGUUUGCUGUGUCCGAGGUGCCCACGGUGGUGGUGCUGAAGCCGAACGGGGAGGUAAUCGUCGGAAAUGCGGUGGAAGAGAUCCAAUGCAUGGGCCCCGCUUGCUUCCGAAACUGGCAGGAGGCUGCCGAGCUGGUAGAUCGAAAUUUUCUCUUGGCAGAGGAUUUUGACGACUGCACCAGGAGAAGCAUCACUGACCCCAUCCGCCGCCUCAAGUACAAGCUGGACAAGAAGACGGAGGCGAAGAACAGGGAAAGGAAAGAGGAAGGUGAAGAGUCUCCUUAG